GGCGGCCGCCGCUGUAGCUGCUGCCUCCGCUUAGUGCUGCUUCUCGCACGGCGAACCGAGGGCAGCGCGGCCUCCUCCUUUGUCCGGUUGUCCUGCGCGUGGUCCUGAGGGGCGCCCCUUCUGGCGGCCGGCAGCAUGGGCCGGGAGUCACGCCACUAUCGGAAGCGAUCGGCUUCACGGGGACGCUCUGGAAGUCGAUCUAGAAGUCGCUCACCCUCAGACAAAAGAAGUAAACGUGGAGAUGACAGACGGUCUAGAAGCAGAGACAGAGAUAGAAGGAGAGAGAGGUCUCGUAGUAGAGAUAAAAGAAGAUCUCGGUCAAGAGACAGGAAGCGUCUGAGGCGUUCCAGAAGUAGAGAGAGAGACAGAAGUCGAGAGCGAAGAAGAUCUCGAAGUCGAGACAGGAGACGCUCGAGGAGUAGAAGCCGGGGCCGGCGAUCCCGAUCCUCCAGUCCUGGUAAUAAAAGCAAGAAGGCUGAGAAUAGGUCUAGGUCCAAAGAGAAAACAGAUAGUGGGGAAAGUUCUAAAGAGAAGAAAAAAGACAAAGAUGACAAGGAGGAUGAAAAAGAAAAAGAUGCUGGCAACUUUGACCAGAAUAAGCUGGAAGAAGAAAUGAGAAAGCGAAAAGAAAGAGUAGAAAAAUGGCGAGAAGAGCAACGUAAAAAGGCCAUGGAAAAUAUAGGGGAACUGAAAAAGGAAAUUGAAGAGAUGAAACAAGGGAAAAAAUGGAGUUUAGAAGAUGAUGAUGAUGAUGAAGAUGAUCCUGCAGAAGCUGAAAAGGAAGGAAAUGAAAUGGAGGGUGAGGAGUUAGAUCCAUUAGAUGCUUACAUGGAAGAAGUGAAAGAGGAAGUAAAAAAAUUUAAUAUGAGAAGUGUGAAAGGUGGUGGGGGAAAUGAAAAGAAGUCUGGGCCAACGGUCACAAAAGUUGUCACUGUUGUGACAACCAAAAAAGCAGUCGUAGAUUCUGAUAAGAAGAAAGGUGAGCUGAUGGAGAAUGAUCAGGAUGCCAUGGAGUAUUCUUCAGAGGAGGAAGAAGUUGAUCUUCAGACAGCACUUACAGGCUAUCAGACAAAACAGAGAAAGCUUCUAGAACCAGUAGAUCAUGGAAAAAUUGAAUAUGAACCAUUCAGAAAAAACUUUUAUGUUGAAGUUCCAGAACUAGCAAAAAUGUCUCAAGAGGAGGUGAAUGUAUUUCGGUUGGAAAUGGAGGGCAUUACAGUCAAGGGAAAAGGUUGCCCCAAACCAAUUAAAUCUUGGGUCCAGUGUGGAAUUUCCAUGAAGAUCUUAAAUUCUCUCAAAAAGCAUGGCUAUGAAAAGCCCACACCAAUCCAAACCCAAGCAAUUCCUGCUAUAAUGUCUGGACGAGAUUUGAUUGGCAUUGCCAAGACAGGAAGCGGAAAGACCAUUGCUUUUCUUUUGCCGAUGUUUAGACACAUCAUGGAUCAGCGGUCAUUAGAAGAAGGAGAGGGACCAAUAGCUGUCAUCAUGACACCAACUCGAGAACUGGCUUUACAAAUUACUAAAGAGUGUAAGAAGUUUUCGAAGACUUUGGGACUUAGAGUGGUCUGUGUUUAUGGAGGAACAGGAAUCAGUGAGCAGAUUGCAGAGCUGAAAAGAGGUGCUGAAAUUAUUGUUUGCACACCUGGUCGAAUGAUUGACAUGUUAGCAGCUAACAGUGGUCGGGUCACAAAUCUUCGAAGAGUGACAUAUGUUGUUUUAGAUGAAGCAGACAGAAUGUUUGACAUGGGUUUUGAACCACAGGUCAUGCGCAUUGUGGAUAAUGUCCGUCCUGACCGGCAGACAGUUAUGUUUUCAGCUACUUUUCCCAGAGCAAUGGAGGCGCUGGCUCGCAGAAUCUUGAGUAAACCAAUUGAAGUGCAGGUUGGAGGCAGGAGUGUGGUUUGCUCAGAUGUGGAGCAGCAAGUGAUUGUGAUUGAAGAAGAAAAGAAAUUCUUGAAGUUACUUGAGCUUCUAGGCCAUUAUCAAGAAUCGGGAUCGGUCAUUAUAUUUGUGGAUAAGCAGGAACAUGCUGAUGGUCUUCUGAAAGAUUUAAUGAGAGCAUCUUAUCCUUGCAUGUCUCUUCAUGGAGGCAUUGAUCAAUAUGACAGAGAUAGCAUCAUAAAUGACUUUAAGAAUGGGACCUGCAAACUUCUCGUGGCUACCUCUGUUGCUGCCCGAGGUCUAGAUGUGAAACAUCUGAUUCUUGUAGUAAAUUACAGCUGCCCUAACCAUUAUGAGGAUUAUGUGCACCGAGCAGGACGGACUGGAAGAGCAGGCAACAAAGGUUAUGCAUAUACUUUUAUCACAGAAGAUCAAGCUCGCUAUGCUGGUGACAUAAUUAAAGCUCUUGAAUUGUCAGGGACUGCCGUGCCUCCUGAUCUAGAGAAACUUUGGAGUGAUUUCAAAGAUCAACAGAAAGCUGAAGGGAAAAUAAUUAAAAAGAGUAGUGGGUUCUCUGGUAAGGGAUUCAAGUUUGAUGAAACGGAACAAGCUUUGGCUAAUGAGAGGAAGAAGUUACAAAAAGCAGCUCUUGGUCUACAAGAUUCAGAUGAUGAGGAUGCUGCCGUUGACAUUGAUGAGCAGAUUGAAAGCAUGUUUAAUUCAAAGAAGAGAGUGAAGGAUAUGGCUGCUCCUGGAACAUCUAGUGUACCUGCUCCAACUGCAGGAAAUGCUGAGAAAUUAGAAAUUGCUAAGAGAUUGGCUCUUAGAAUCAAUGCUCAGAAGAAUUUGGGCAUUGAAUCUCAGGAUGUGAUGCAACAGGCCACCAAUGCAAUUCUCAGAGGUGGCACCAUCCUGGCUCCCACUGUAUCUGCAAAAACCAUUGCAGAGCAACUUGCUGAAAAGAUCAAUGCCAAGCUCAAUUAUGUGCCUUUGGAGAAACAAGAAGAGGAGAGACAGGAUGGUGGACAGAAUGAAUCUUUUAAGAGAUAUGAGGAAGAAUUAGAGAUCAAUGACUUCCCACAGACUGCUAGGUGGAAAGUUACCUCUAAGGAAGCUCUGCAGAGAAUCAGUGAAUAUUCUGAAGCCGCAAUUACAAUCAGAGGGACCUACUUCCCACCUGGCAAAGAACCCAAGGAAGGAGAGCGGAAAAUUUACUUGGCAAUUGAAAGUGCCAAUGAACUGGCUGUGCAGAAAGCAAAGGCGGAAAUCACCAGGCUCAUAAAAGAAGAACUGAUCCGGCUGCAAAAUUCAUACCAACCGACAAAUAAAGGAAGAUACAAAGUCUUAUAAAACAUCUGGAAAAAACUUUUUACCUGUACUGGUCUGUGAUACAUGUGGCAGUUGUUGUCUGCAGUUUACAAUGUAUUGUAAAUUAAGAUUUUUAAAAUUCUGUCUUGCUGAUUUUUUAAAUAUAAGGAACCAGUAUUUGCUAAAGAAAUCUUCUUUCAGUAAGUACCUCAGGAUUAUCAAACUAUAUUUAAAGCAGGCCUGUUUUCAGAGUGUGACGUCCUUUAAUGUAAAGCUUAAAUAUCUGGAUAAUAUUCCAGAAGUUUAAAAAAAUGGAAAUAUUUGGACUUUCUAUUGAAGGUAAUAAAGUACACAAGUUGCUAAGGGGCUAUUCACCUUAUCCUCUUGCCAUGAAAUUAUGAUCAUCUGCUCAGAAAAGGUAAAAUUCUCUUUCUAAUUUUGUGUCCCCCUCCUUGAGCUUAAAUCAUACUUGACUCAGUGGAACAAUAUGAACUGGAUUUAAGAAUGUUAUAUAGAAUUUUUACAAAAUGGGUUCAGAGUUUUUGUUUCAGUUUUUAUCAUCAUAAAUGGACAAUAGUUGGACUGGUUUUUGGUUUUGUAAAAUUAAAGAUUUGUAGUAUAAAAGUUUUUUGCAUUUCUUUACACUGCAAAGCGUUUUAGUAUUGACUACUUUUAGGUUCCCCUCACAACCUCUGGCUCUGCCUAGCUACUAACUAUUUUUUAAUUUUCCUUAAAAGAAAGUGAUUUAUAGCUUGUAAAUAUUAAUAUGAUUCUUUCUUCCCCUGAAAGUGUUUGUUUAUACAUCUGUAUAUAUAAACACCCUACUAAUUUUAAUCUGGUUUUUCUUCAGGAUUAUUGAGUAGGUUGUGAAUUUUCUUUCUUAAAAAUUUUCAAGCAUAAUGGUACCCACGUUUUAGACUUAGACUUAAGCAUCUCUCAGUGAAAUUUAGUUCACAAGGAAUCAUAAAUUAAAUUUUUGAGCUCUCAGAUA